CUGCUACUGGGGAGCAUAAAGAUUUCCCGUGCGACCGCAGUCUCACCGGCUACCGCAAAAUCUCCCUCACUGCGAGCAAGACAAGGGAGAAGCAAGCCGCCAUGUCUUCCAACAAUCCCUCUCAGCUCCUCCCGUCCGAGCUGAUUGAUCGUUGCAUUGGGUCGAAGAUAUGGGUGAUAAUGAAAGGCGAUAAGGAGCUCGUUGGGACGCUUAGAGGUUUUGAUGUCUAUGUCAACAUGGUUCUCGAAGAUGUCACUGAAUAUGAAAUCACUUCUGAAGGGCGACGGAUCACAAAGCUUGAUCAGAUCCUGCUCAAUGGCAACAACAUUGCCAUUUUGGUACCAGGUGGCUCUCCUGAUCCAGAAUGAGGCAUAUAACCAUCUUUUCUUUGUUUCAGUAUGUUCCUGGAAGACAAUAUUAUCGUGUAGAAUAGGCUUUUAUAGAAAUUCCAACAACCAAAACCAUCCCUUUUAUUAACAUCCUGUAACUUGCACAAGUGAUGACGAAACUUUGCAGAAAGGAUGAAUAGUUUCCAUCUA